AUUUUGAUCUCUGUCGCAUUAAACAUUCAAAAAAACGCCCAUAAUGAGCUACAAAAGCUUCAACUCGACCGCCUUGAUUCCAGCGAUUUUGCAAACACUUCUCCACAAACCCCAUUAGGAACACACAAUUCUCCUACGGAUAGUCACGAUGGUUAUGAAGUACCAGAUCCCGAUGAGUAUGGUUAUGUAAAACAAGGUACUAGUUCUGUACCAGGAACUUUGAGAGGCGAUCAUUUUCGCACUGUACUUCCUGAUGAUAUGGGCACUUAUAAUCCCUCGAAUGAAUUUGACCGAUAUGUAUCAUACCAAAAUUCAAAUGCCACAACCAUUCCUCGAAGGCAUACUGUAUUAGAACCAAUUCCAUAUGCCUCUACACCUCUUUUAGGUGCUCACGAUUCGAACAAUAAUUCUCUUUCAAGAAACGACGGCUUGUUAUUAUCUCUUGUUCAUGGUUCCCUUACUGCUGGUGUAAGUCAGGCAUUAAAUUCUGUCGGUGCCCGUCAUUCUCAUGCACUUGGAUUAGGUAAGAAAAUUAUUUCUAAUAACAUUAAUGGUAAUUCUGGAUUUCAUCGUCGUAGUAAUUCAGUACCACAACCUCGAACAUUUAAUGUUGGAAAUUAUCAAAAUUAUCAAAGUGGCGGUAGAACAAACAUUUCAUCAGCUGCCAGUCAAGAUAAUACUAGUGAAAAUUUCAACGUACAACCUAAAUCUUUAACUAAUUCUUCUUACCUUGUGAGUGGUCGAACCAUUUCAACAAAUGGUAGUAAUGUAGGAAUAUAUAUGGGUGAUUCCGGUAGUACCUAUGAAGCAUUCCCUGAUCUUAAUCAUUCCGAAGAUGUUGAUGAUUUGCCCGAUUUACCCACCACAAAUCUUAAAGUACUUUCUCCUGCAACAAUGGAAAGUUUUACUUCAAUAGAUUAUUAUUCUAAGUUAUGUCGAAAUAUCAAAUCUUUAAAAAUUGAAUCAUUACGUGUUGGAGAAUCUGCACUAUCUGGUCUAAUUAAAGCCCAAGUUGCACUUGAACAUAUUUAUAUUGGGAAUUAUCUUCAUCCUUAUCACUUAAGUAGCUAUACGCUAAAUUCUUUUGUAUAUUCUGGAUUAAACAAUGAUUUAUCUUUAGCAUUGUUAACACAAGCUAGUUCCCUUAAAUCACUUGAAAUUAGAAAUUUAUUUGUUAAUGAAGUUCCUUGUUAUAAACAAAUAACUUGGAAUAAUCUAGAUUCUUUGACAAUAUCUAACGACAAUAACUAUAAUUUAAUGAAAAUGCCAUUUGGUACAAAAAAUUUUCCAAAAUUACAAAAAUUAUAUGUAAAGCAAAAUACUUUUCCUACUGAUCUUAUUGAUUUUAUUCGAAAUACAAAUUUUUCUUUAAAAGAAAUUCAUUUAAUAUUAAGAUUUCAAUCGGAUGACAUUUCAAAUGUUAUCCAAUGUAUUUCAAAGUUCUGUACAAAUCUUGUUCAUUUUGAGUCCACUGUUGACUUUAAUGCUAUUCCUGCUUUAUUUUCUUUACUUCAAUCUUGCAAAAACCUUAAUCAUCUUUCAAUUUCAAAUCCUUUCACUCCUUACACCGAAGAUGAUUAUAGGAUGCUCUCGGCAUUUUUGCCUUCUCAUUUACGUAGCUUUACUUUAAUUACUAAUCAUAUAGAUAUUAGUGAUGAAUCCUUUGGUAUUCUUCUCCAAUAUUUAUGUGUAAAGUUGGAUUAUUUGGAUUUAAGUCAAUCUAAAAAAAUGAGUUGUCAAGUUCUUGAUGUAUUAUUGGAUAGUGCUAAAGUGAACAAAUAUAGAUUUCCAAGAAAGAUUUUCAUUAGUACUAAUCCUGUUGAUUAUUCGGACAAAAAAGAAAAACUUUGUAAAUUGGAAGAUUUGGCAAAGUUAGAAAUAUUAUGUAUGAAAGAAAGAGAAUUAGAAUUUGAAUCUAUAUUUGUCAUUGCAUCCGGAAAUAAUAUAGAAAAAACAGACUGA